AUGAAUCCUUCCGAUUCUAAUAAUAAUAAUAGUGAAUGUAGUGAUAAUAAUCAAGAGUGGACAUGUUUUGAAAACAAGAUGUUUGAGAAUGCUUUAGCUGAGCUAGAUGUUACCUCUCCUGAUUUUUAUGAAAAAAUCAUGGCUAUAAUGCCAUGGAAAUCUCUUGAACAAAUCAAGAGCCACUAUGGAAAACUCGUUGCAGAUACCGCGAUGAUUGAGCAGGAUGAAACUGGUGGCUUUGGUGGAGAUGAUAACGGAGCUAAGGUUGAUCGCAAGCCAUGCAGGGGUGCACCAUGGACAAAAAAAGAGCAUAGGGCAUUUUUGGAAGGGCUAGACAUGUUUGGAAAAGGAGAAUGGAAGAGCAUAGCAGAAAUCUACGUACCAACUAAGACAGCAUCCCAAGUAGCUAGCCAUGGGCAGAAGUACUACAGGCGUCUCAAGUGUCGCACCCCUGUCGAAAAACGUCGUUCCAGCAUCCACGACAUUCGUAUCGUGAACUCCUCCAUCGUCGAAACUGCUCCAAGGCAACCUACUCGCCAUUCGGUCAUUCAACGUAUCCCUCAAAGUGACAACCGUAAUAACAAUAACAAGCAGGAUGAUGUUGUUGUUGGACAACAUGAUUCGUCGAAUGCUGAUCCAGCAACAGCUUUGAAUAGCAUCAAUAACAUCAACUCACAAAUUGUUGUGGAGGAUAGUUUGGAUGAUUUGGAUUAUGAUAAUUUAUUUGCUGAUUAUGAUGAGAUAAUUUCUGAUUAUAAUGACAUAUUUAUUUAA